UAGGUUUCCACCAUUAUAAUGGAUCAAACUCACCGUUUUAGUAGACAUCUGUUGAAUGCUAAUUUGCCAAGACAGGAGGAAAGAGCAGAUGAAGGAGGAUCAUUUGUGGGUAUUGGCAUAGCUUAUGGUGUCAUAUUUGCUCUUAUCAUCCUCUUUUUUGUUUCCAGAUGCAAGUGUUCUAUUAGUUCAAGAAACUUGUCUUCCAAUAAUCAGCAAAGUCCUACAACAUCCAGCUCAUGUUCCCAUGAACCUAAUACACAAACCCACCAGGAACUUGUAGCCCUACCGAUUUUUGUCUUUGGAGAACAGACACCACCCUCAAUCUCAAGCAUAGCGUUGCCGCAUUUAUCAUCAUCAGAAUCUUCUUCUUCAUUCGUAUUUCCUGAUGGAGACUGUGCGAUUUGCUUGGAUGAUUAUGUUCAUGGGGAGUCCAUAAGGGUCUUGCCUAGGUGUAAGCACAUGUUCCAUAAGGACUGUAUUGAUCACUGGCUAUCAUCAAGAACUUCAAGCUGUCCCAUUUGUAGAGCCAAAUCAUAGACAAGAAUGUGAAGUCCACAAGGAUAGAUUCUCCUAAUGUGGUGGCAGAUGUUACAGGACCAUUUACAUUAUUUCCUUUCAGCAAUGGCAGGAUACAAAACUACCUGUGAGGAGUUCAGAAUCUGUUUGAUUGCCAAGAAUUCAUGGCAGGAAAUAAGACCAGAGCUCAGACGUGUAGCCACCUUUGUGGAUCACCUGAAGAAUUGGAACUGGGUUUUGGUUGGAUCAUCACAUUCUUUAUGCAAUUAGCCAAUCAACUUGCUAUAAUGUAUCGGGGUAUUAGCUCAAUAUUUUAUUUUCCCAUCAUCCUUCAAGCA